AUGCUGUUCAGUUCUGGUGCCCACAACCCACGCCAGACCCACAGCCCACGCCACACCCACAGCCCACACCAGACCCACAGCCCACACCAGACCCACAGCCCACACCAGGACCCCACAGCCCAGGGCCACACCCACAGCACACACCAGACCCACACAGCCCACGCCAGACCCACAGCCCAGGGGCACACCCACAGCCCACACCAGACCCACAGCCCACGCCAGACCCACAGCCCAGGGCCAGACCCACAGCCCACGCCAGACCCACAGCCCACGCCAGACCCACAGCCCACACCAGAUCCACAGCCCACGCCAGACCCACAGCCCACGCCAGACCCACACUCUGACUUUCCUGGUUCUUGGGAGUAUCACGAGCGGAUCUUGGCAGGCGUUGUAGCGCUAUUACUUGAAACUGACAGCGUCCUCCUUGACCAGUUAAUCAUCCGUAUCACCUGA